AUGAAUGAUAAUGAAAUAAAUAAUAAUAACAAUAAUAAUAACAAUGAAAUAAAUAAUAAUAUUAAUGACUACCCAAAUAAAAGAAUUAAAAAUUCUAUACAUCCAAAACAAUUUAAUAAUUUUUUAAGCAAUUUCGAAAUUAAAAAUAAAGUUUUCUCGAUAGGAAAUGAUAAAGUAUUGCUACUAUUAAAAGAGGAUGAAAUCAUAUAUUUUCAUGGUUUAGUUCAGAUUCGUACAAUUAUAGGGUCUAUAGAUGUUUAUGGAUACUCUGUCAAUCCAGGCAAUCAAUAUUAUCAACUAUAUUCACCAUUUUGUUCACCUGCAUUAUCAAUCUCGCCAAAUAAAGAACACCAACAAGGAAAUGAUAUAUCUAUAAACAAUAUUAUCAACAACAAUAUCAAUAGUAAUAUAAAAAUACCCGAUUUAGUUUUAUCAAAAUUAAAAGAAAAUCAAGAUGCAAUCAAAGACUUCUCAAUUCAUUCAAUAAUAGUAUUAAGAAGACUAAACGAUACUUGCGAAAACCCCAAAAUGUUUACAAAAAAAAAGGUAGAUUUAUAUAAUGAGUUUAAAAUAAUUAAAGGGUUCUAUCCACUCUUUUCACCCGAUUUCUCUGUUCAGCCUUUAAGCAUCCCAAAUCAAUGGCUCCAAUUAAUAAAUAAUCAAUUUAUUUAUAGUAACGAAUUUGACUCAAAUCUAUCAAUUUUAACAUGUGGCGAAAGAAAUGUUGGUAAAAGUACUUUUAAUAGAAUUUUAAUAAAUAAACUAUUAAAAAAAUAUUCAAAUAUAGUAUAUAUCGAUACAGAUACAGGACAAUCAGAAUUUACACCAUGUGGAUUAUUAUCAAUUGAUAUUAUUAACUCACCAUUAUUAGGACCACCUUUUACACAUUGCAAAUUAAAUCCUUUAAAAACAUACUUUUUUGGAGAUACAUCACCAAAAAAUAACCCAGAAUAUUUUUUAAAUCUAUGUUUCCAAUUAUUAGAGUGUUACAAAACUAUAAGAUCACAAUAUCCAAAUAUUCCAGUUAUUUUAAAUACAAAUGGUUGGCUAAAAAGUUUAGGCCUACAUUUAACCCAAGAAAUAAUAAAAUAUUUUAAACCAUCAGUAAUAGUACAACUAUAUAAUCCAAUAAACAAUAAUAAUAGUUAUAAUGAUAAUUUUAAUAAUAACAAUAAUAAUAAUAAUAAUAAUAAUAAUAGUAAUAAUGGUAAUAAUAAUGAUAACAACAAUUAUAAUGGUGAAAUGGAUAAUAAUUUUAAUAUAAUUUUAAAUAAUAAUAAUCAAUUUAAUAGUAAUAUUACAUUUACACAACAAGAUAUUGAUCAGUUAUUUAUCGACGAUGAUAAUAGUAAUACCCAAAUUUCAAAACUAUAUUCCAUUUUAAGCUUUAAUUAUUUUAAUCAAGCAAAUAUCAAACCAGUUUAUAAUUUAGGUUCUUUUGAUAUUAGAAACCUAAUGUUUAAAAAAUAUUUUAAAACAGAAAACUGUUCAUUAACUCAUCAAGUACCGUAUCAAGUAUCUUGGAAAUCGUUAAAGGUUAAAAUAUUGAAUGUUGAUGUACCACCAAGCCAAACAAUGUAUUCUCUUAACGGUUCAAUUGUUGGCAUUUGUAUAGACCCUGUCGAGUAUAACACUCAAAGUUUUAAAAUUUCAAAUAAUUUACCAACCAUCAUAAAUAAAGAUAUUCAGAUAUCCGAAUGCAUUGGUCUUGGCCUCAUUCGUUCAAUAGAUAUGGUAAAUGGUUACUACUAUAUUAUCACACCCAUAGAGGAAUCUUUACUUCAAGAGGCAAAUGUAAUACUAAGAGGCUCCAUCGAUGUACCUCCAACACUAACCAUAUCAAUCUCUUCAAAAGGUACCAUAGUUGUCCCAUAUCUCCAACUAGAUGUGUUGUCCUCCUAUGGCACAGGCUCCGAUGUUAUGAAUAGACCAAAAAAUUUUGAAUAA